ACCAGUGGAAAAUGUGACUGCACUUUGGAGGACUGCAACAUGCUGCCUGGUGGUUGAAGUGUUGCUGAACAGGAAGUUGCUGAGUAGAUUUGAGACAGCUCCAGCAGAUAUGAGGGUCUCCUGUCAUGUUCUCGUCUUGUUUUUCUUAGCAGACGUCAGUUUACUCGAGAAAGUUCCAGUUCACGCAUUUUUCAGUUGGCCAAUCCCCGGAGCUCUACAAAAUGUCAGUAAGAAUGACACUGGGGUAAAGAAUGCUGUUCUGAUGGGAACCUACUCAUUUAACAAUAAAUCCAACGAUGCUUUUCUAUUCAAAGCAUCAGCUGUUGAUGAGGCAAAAAGACAGAUAGUGAAAGGUAUCCGCUACGUUCUGGAAGUAGAGAUCUCUCGAACUAUGUGCAGGAAGAUGGGCAGCGAUGAUGACGUCAGUAACUGUCCAUUCCAGAAAGAUAGUCUGUUAAAGCAGACAUUUCUCUGUCAUUUUGAGGUAUGGUCCAUUCCAUGGAUGAAGACAAUGUCAACCACAUAUUUUAACUGUCUUUCUAUUGAUAAACUCUGAAUUGACCUUAUUACCAUGCUGACUGUGAAAAUAAAACUAGAGGCAAUGAAUAGUGUAGUACAUAAUGUGAUUUCAAAAAUCUUCAAGUGCAGUGACUGGUUAUCAUUCAUCUCUACAUACAAGUGACCUUCAGUUCAUAAAAUGCUAAGCUUGUGUUUAAACUGAUGCAGGGUGUAAAUUAUUCAGUGACUCUUAUGAAAAAGGGGCUCUCUGAUGUACAGGGGCAGCUUUGAGGUAAAAUACUAGAUCAGGGGUUUAUCGCUCCCAUCUCAAAGCUCUUUGGCGUUUUUGCCAUAGCAACACACUAGCACUGAUUAAAGACACUUCUAAUAGGUUUAUAUGAAGAGAUUUAUCCAUUUCAACACAUUUUGACUACUCAUGUACUUUUAUUUAUUUAUUUGCUGUGUAAUGUGCAUGACAUAUUUGCCCUAGAUUCAUAACAUAUGACCAUUAAAUGGGUACAAGCACCCAAUAGGACAGUGGUUCUCAACUGGUUUUGUGUCAGGACAGAUAGUUUACCAGAACCCCUCUACUAAGGUGGAGCCUUCAAGUUUAGAAAAACGUAGAGUAAUGGGGCAGUACACUGGUGAGACCAGAGGCCGUUCGCUUUGACUGGAUGUUAAUGGAGAUGCUUAAGUAUGCUAAGUAAACUGCUAAUAAACUGUGAGGAAAUUAAUUGCCUAUCCAGUAAUCUUCAACAUGUUUUACACAAAACAAUCCUUUUGGAAUGAACUAUGCGUGGAGUUUACUAUGAUAAAAUUGCUGUUUUAUAAGAGAAGACAGAAAAUUUUGCGACAGAUAGGUGUCAGUUUAUGGCCCUCCCCAUUCAUUUGUAUAGUAUCCACAAAUGGUGACUUACUGUUGAAACAUGCUAGUUGAUCAUAACGCUCUCUAGAGCCACAGAGGUUGAUAUCUCAGUAUAAUAGAAUCUCUGAUUGUACAUUAUACAACAGUUAGUUCUGGUCCUCGAAUCUGAUUGGACGUGAGGCAUUCCGAGAGUGCUGAUAACAGCACUGGGAUGCUUCACUGUUUGUAUCACUCUGCUUUUAUUUGUGACAUUCUAAACCAGAGUAUAGAGAUUUUUAAUUUAUCUGUGAAAUUACACAUUUACACCAAGAGAUGGCAACAAAUGAUCAUCUUUUGUGUUACGAGCGAUUUUCUUGUGAGAGAAUCGACGUUGUCUGUCAGUGAGCAGAUUUACUUAGUCAGAACAUUGGCAUUGUUUUUGAUGCUGCCUUCACGUGCUAUUGGAAUUAUGAUACAAGUUUAUAAUUAUAAUUGGAAAAUGCUGAGAUAAGUUUAUACCUUUGAGUUUGCAAGUGGGAAGUAGACAAACACUUUCAACAUGGCAGAGUUUCUCUGUGUCAAAAUAAGAGUUCCCCAUGAAAUAUGCAAGAAUGAAACUGGCGUCCUCCAUGUUAUUUUUUUCUCUGUCAACAAAACACUUGAAUGUGACACUCGUAAUUGCGGCUUCUGAAGUGGGAAGAAGGAUAAUUCCGAUGGCUGCAUAACUUCAUGAUCGCUCAGAGCGGAUUACUACCACACUACAGCUGAGGAAUAGAAUUAAACUAACUGUGUCAGCAUUACUGUUCAUCACUGUGACAAACACAGAUAAUCACACACGCUCAGUUGCUCUCUCUCUCACACACAUACACACAAACUUCCUUGUUACUUCCAAUAACUUGGAAACAGCCCAAACUGUCAUUACUAGUUCUAAAGUAAUGCGUUUGAAUUAGUAACAGAGGUUUGGCCACAUCUUUUAUAUUAGCAACAGCAGAUUCUGAUCUGUGGCAUAAGAAAGUAGCUCCAAACACAAGGUUUUUGGGGAGCUUCUUGGUUUUUACUUAUGUACUUUUCCGUUGAAUUGUGGUAUAAAAGCAUUAGCACACUCGCAAUCAUGCUGUUUUGUCUGUAUAUCAGUACAGCUGGCACUCAGCCACCAAAUCACAGCCAUGCUGAUAUGCCAUAAAAGCACAGUGAUAUUGGCGACCCAGCAAAAUUAUUUAAAUAGUUUAUUAUACAAACAUCACAAGAAAGUCUCUAAAAUCAAACCUAAAACAGAUGUAUAGUUUGUCUAAGUUCUAUUCUCAUGAUGAUUGUAAUGGACCCCUUACAUUAAUAACCCAACCAUUACAAUGGCCACCAUGUUGGAUUGUGACGUUUACCCUUUUUCACUACUCCAAGAAACUUGAUCAGAUGCACACAACAAUUGCGCAGAUGAUCUUUAGAUCGUAUUGUAAAGAAAUUAUGAUACAGAAUUUAGAUUUUCAGUGUGCAAGUGUGCAGAGUGCAAAGUUGAUGAUGUUGAUGAAACAAUAAGCGAGGCUGUAUCUCAGCAACGCUUUGUCCUAUCAAAAUAAACUUGAUAUACUUCAUUAGCACCAUAAUCUGAGGGUACAUGCCAAGUUUGGUAACAGCGCCACCUACAGGCCAAGAAAUCUUAAAAAUGAAAUGAAAAAUGUUUGAACAGUUUUGCCUAAAAUCAUGAGAUUGUUGUCUAUGGGUUCCUUGGUUCAUGAGGAUUUUGACAGUACCAUUUGUUUUUCCAAAAUCUGCCAUAUUCCCUCUCCGCCACUUUGAACUGCAUCGCCCAACAAUGCAGAAUUAUUUACAUGAUAGACUGAAUUGGAAAAUUUACAGCAAAAGUUCAAUUGAUCAGCCUAACACAUGGAGCAAACACUGGGCCAAAUACUGUUUUAGUAUUAGCCAUAUUACCAAGUGACAGAUUAAUCUGUGCCAAAAUAUGUGCUAUGUUGAUCCGAACUGCACCCAAGAAUUUCACACACCACUGCACUUGUGUAUAUGGCUGUGUGACAAUAAAAGUGAUUUGAAAUACAGUAGAAUUUGAUUGGACAUUCAACCUUUGAUGUCAACAACAAAAGAUAUAGGAAGCAUUUCUUCCUUUUUUAAGUUGAUAAGCCUAUUUACAUUUGCUAUCCUUCUUCUUUUGGCUGCUCCCAUUAGGGGUUGCCACAGCAGACCAUCCAUGAUCAGCAUACUUGACUUGGCACCGAUUUUAAGCCAUAUGCCCUUCCUGAUGACUGAGGGACCAUCACUCACACCUAUGGGGCAAUUUAGAGUCUCCAAUUCACUUAACCUUCAUGUUUUUGGACUUGUGGGGAAAACCAGGGCACCUGGAUGAAACCCAAGAAAACUGGGGAAGAACAUGCAAACUCCACACAGAAAGGCCCAGUUAAGCCCAGGACCUUCUUGCUGUGAGGCGACAGUGCUAAUCACUGAGCCACCUUGCCGCCCACAUUUACAUUUGCUAUCCUAAUUCU